AUGCUGGCCAAAUCAUUAAUAUUGGUAAUCAUCAGCCUGGCAGCAUCUACGGCCCAAUUUAGCCAGGUUCCGCGCAAGCACUGGAGACGCGCGGCCGUCCAUGGCGCCUUCGAUGUGGAUGCCUAUGCGUACAACAAGCCGAUGGUGAAUCUGGUGGGACAUUUGCCCCGAGCUGGCCACCCGCUGCCCAUGGACCAGCUGCUGGAGCAGCUUGCGCAGAGCAGUCGACUCCGGGCCUUGCCAAAGGCGCAAUACAGGAAUCUCGACCGGGAGUCGUCGCCCCCAAAUGGAGAGUCAAGACAAUCGGGUGCUGAUUUCGGAGGCAGCCUGGAACCGGCGGCAUUAGCUGCCCUAAACCGUCAGUUGGCCAAGCUGCAAAUGAAUUUAAGUACGGAUCAAGCGAAUAUAUAUUCGCACGAGUUUCACGUGCAAAACAAGGGCAACAGGAAAAUUGUGCUAAUAAAUACGCUGGACAAACCCAAGACAGAGGAAGAGACGGAGCAGGAGCAGCAGCAGGGUCCACUGAAUGUUAAAUUGGCAUUACCUGUGCUCGGCGAGGAUGAGGUGGUAACAAAGAAGGUCGAUUCCAACAAAAUUGUGAUGAACACUGAAGCAAUUAGCUCUAUGAAUGCGGAGCAAUCCAAAAUGGAGGCUAUGUCGCAGUCAGCUCAGGAGUCUAAGAAGACCAAAGGGCCAAAUGACAGCAAAAAGCGAGCAAAUGAUGCGACAACAAUCGAAAUGGAAUCAACAGCAACAACAGUUGUCGAGCCAGGACAGCAGCAGCAUUUGGAGACUAUUGUCAAUGCAAAGCAGGAGCAGGAUGAGGGACAGCUACAGCAGAAGGUGAAGAAGCAGCAGCUAAAGGUAAAACAGCACCAGGCAGUGGAGGAGGGGCAGCAGCAGGGGGAGAUGCCAAGCGAGAUGCAGCAGCAGAAGGAAAAGCAACUGCAGCAGGCGCAUCAGUUGCAGAUGAAGUCAAAGAAGGGUCAGAGCGUUGAUGACGUUGCCAUUGCCAAGAAACGUGACAGGCCCAAUGACAAUGAUGGCCAAGCAAAUCCAGAGACAGAGACCAAGCGACCAACUGGAGCUGGAGCUGGAGCUGUAGCCGGAGCAGCAGAUAAGCCUCUUCGUCUGAAGUCCAAGCGCAGGCAAACACAAACAAAAACCAAGAUACCAAAUGAAAUUGAUACAAAGCCCAAUGCUUCAAGUGAUCCACACUCCGACGCUCCAACGAGUACGGCUCGCCCGGCUCCAACUGAUGAAAAGCUGACGACUGCCAGAGCAGAUGUCAAAGCGCCGGCCAUGGCAAUCAACAGCCAGGCUGCCACACGCAGGCCAAUCCUGAAAAAGGGUAACAAAAUGCCCGGCAAGGGCAAAGGGAAGCGUAGGGGCGCUCAACGGCGACCCAGUGCAGCAGCAGCUGCUGAUGAGCAGGAUAUCGAAACUACGACAAAUUGGUGGCACAUACUACCAUAUGCGGAAAUUAGAAAAUUUUUGAAUACCAUCUAUGAUAGCAUGGCCGACGAGGCGGACGACGAGCGUGCCCAGCGGAUAUGA